AUGGAUAAGCUGACCGACAAGAUCGCGGCAUUGCCGCCGAAUUCGAACUACUUCUCGCUCGAGUUUUUCCCGCCGAAAACGCAGCAGGGCUUCUCCAAUCUCAAUGCCCGACUUUCACGUAUGGCGCAGGCUCUACGCCCGCUCUUCGUCAACGUCACAUGGGGCGCCGGGGGAAGCACGUCGCAGAAGUCGCUGGCGCUGGCGGAGAUAACACAGCGAGAGUUGGGCUUGACGACAUGUUUGCACCUCACGUGCACAAACAUGUCAAGAAAGCUGAUCGACGAGGCUCUCGACCAAGCAAAAGUGCUGGGCAUUCGGAAUAUCCUCGCGCUGCGGGGCGAUCCUCCAAGGAGUGAAGAGUACAUGGACGAUAGCGACCCCAAGGCGCAAGAGGAUGACAGCAACAGAGAUUUCAACUGGGCUGUGGACUUGGUGCGAUAUAUCAAGAAGCAGUAUGGGGACUACUUCUGUGUUGGUGUAGCGGGAUACCCUGAAGGUCAUUCAGACCAGUCACACCCAGAGGAUCAGUCUGUUGAACACGACCUGCCCUACCUCGUAGAGAAGACAGCUGCUGGAGCGGACUUCAUCAUGACACAAUUGUUCUUCGACGUCGAUGCCUACCACAAGUACGAGAAGCGAUUGCGUGGACACGAGUCUGGGGUCUUCAAGACUAUACCGCUCAUUCCUGGAUUGAUGCCCAUCCAGAGCUAUCAGAUUCUUCGACGGACGACCAAGCUGAGCCACGCAAACCUGCCAACUGACAUUCUGAAGAGGCUAGAAGCUGUUAAGGGUGACGAUGAGGCAGUCAAGAGAGUUGGAGUUGAUAUCCUGGGCGAGAUCGUAGAGAGUAUGAAGAAGUCGGACAGUGUUGGCCCGCGAGGGUUCCACUUCUACACGCUCAACCUGGAGAAGGUGGUUGCUCAGAUACUUGAACGAUGCGAUCUCAUUCCACCUGAGCCAGCACCACAAGAGGCAGACGGGGCUGUUGCAAUCGAAGAGAGUGAUGAGUUCGUCAUUGUGGACGAUGCUAAGAAGAAGGCACACAGAAGAAAGUCAUCAGUGGCAAACUCACAAGCUCGUAACAGGGUCAUCGUCUCUCACACUCGGGCCUCGAGUGUAAGCAGCAACCGCACUUCGGCAUUCGAGGCGUUCGACGAUGAGGCAGGCGUCCCGAAAGAGAAGAUCAACAGUCGUGCCAACAAUCUCGCCAUUUCAGAGGGCAAGGGAUCUCUGGGACGUGAAGCUACUUGGGACGACUUCCCCAAUGGACGUUGGGGUGAUGCUCGAUCGCCCGCAUACGGUGAGAUAGACGGAUAUGGAGUUAGUCUUCACGUCAGCGUACCGGAGGCUAAGAGACUCUGGGGCGAGCCGACGUCAGCCGAAGACAUCUCCACCAGCUUCAGGAGACAUCUUGAGGGAGAAAUUGAUUCCAUGCCUUGGUCAGAAGAAUCGCUGCAGCCCGAGACUUUGACAAUCAAGGACAAGCUCUUGGCUCUGAUCAACAAAGGCUGGUGGACUGUGGCUUCACAGCCUGCGGUCAAUGGCGUACGAUCUACAGAUCCUGUCUAUGGCUGGGGUCCCAAGAACGGUUUCGUCUUUCAGAAGCCUUUCGUCGAGUUCUUCAUACCUUCGGCAGAUUGGAAGAAGCUCCAAGGCAAACUCGAUCAGCAUCCACAAAUCACUUACUUUGCCGGAAACGGCAAGGGAGACUUCAUUAGUUCCGAUGAAGAAUCCGUCAAUCCUGUGACCUGGGGAACUUUCACUGGCAAGGAAAUCAUCACGCCGACUAUCAUCGAAGCGGUCUCAUUCAAGUCGUGGCAGGAAGAGGCGUUUGGUAUUUGGGCGGAGUGGCAGAGGAUCUAUCGACCUGGUUCAGAGAGCAGCAAACUGCUGGAGCGGAUUCGGAAGGACUACUGGCUGGUCAGCGUGAUUCAUCACGGAUUCUUGGAAGAAGGCGCACUUUGGGACGAUCUGCUGAAGGAGUAG